AUGAUCGGUCUCCCUAAUUUGUACGUCGGCUUCGCCGAAAGCCAUGUCGAGCUGUAUGUGAAGAAGGGCAAGCCCGAGAAGAUUUCGCGCGAAAAGGUCGAGCUCCAGCUGCUCAACGAGAUCGAAAAGGCCACAUUUCCCAUCGAGUACAAGAUGAGCUGGUACCAAGCAGUGCUCGCCUCUCCAAGGUUCGACGCCUACUGGCUGGGUGUCUCUAUGCGUCACGAGUUGCCCGAGUCAUGCACCGCGCGCUUUGCUCCCGACCAAAAUCUUGUCGAGUUUGAAGCUCCUACCGACGAUGAAUUCGGAGAAACCCUCGAGGACAAUGAUGAAGAAGAGAUUCACCAUGAUGUCACUGCAGCCAAAGCUAUCUCUCCAACAAGCGUCCCCCAAACACCAGCCCUUACCACCGAUCACGGAUCUCGACCAUCCACUGCCGACUCCGACGAUAGCUCUCAAUCAUCUAGCUCUGAUUGGGAUGUCGGGAUCGACGCAGCAGCUAUUCCACAAAUCAAGCGCACUAUUCCGAAGUGCAAUCGAUGCACCCAAAAGGGACACGAUACUCGUUUCUGCCCUGAGAAUACGGAUGACCCAGAUAUCGAGUGGGAGUCAGACGCCAGCUCCCAAGUUGCAGGAGGACACGAAGCCAAGGAGUACGCCAAGCGCGUUAGCGCUGGUCUCCCAAGGGGUCCCAAAACUGUCAAAGAUCCUCUCCACGGAUCGCACGAGCUCGAUGCAACUCCUCGCGCUCAAUUGGGUGACGGAGAUGGCCUAGCUCGCGAAGAAGGAGAUGAUGGCUCGUACGAGGAGUUGCCAUCGAAGGAGAAAGGAAAGGGCAAAGCCACAGCAACACCCACUGUCAAGGGUGCAUCAAAGCCUACGGGAGUCACGAAGAACAAGGCAACGCCUAAGAAGAAGGAGCAGACACCAGCCCAGCUCAAGACAGCUGCAGCCAAGACACGUGAACCCCCCAAGCCCAAAGCGACCAAGACAGCAUCGGCCACACCUAUCCAAGCACCGAUCACACCAGCGCCCGCAUCCAUCGGCAACAACAAGAAAGCUGAGGCCGCAACUGUGCCUAGCGAGCGAGACAAGAAGCUAGCGCAGAUCCAAGCAAGCAUGGCCCCGGCUCAAGAGGCAGGAAUCAAGCGAAUGUUGGAGCUAUAUCCCGAGGACGAAGACGACCCGGACUCCCCAGCAACCAAGAAAGCGAAGACUGGCGGUGUUGCGAGUGCGAACGGAGCACGCAAGAAGGCGACUCCCAAGAAGAGCAACAAGAAGAAGGGUCCCGAGGAGUGGGACGGAAUCCCGAGGGGAUUCGGGGAGUACUAA